AUGGACUUGAAAGUAACACAAAACUCGGAAAAUCAUCGAGAGUCAAGAGAUGAGCUACAUUCAAAGCAUUCGAUUUUCAUUUUCGAUAUCGCCGCACACUUCUUAACAUGCCAUCAAUACUUAGAGAUCAGUGAUGUUUAUUGGACACACAGUAUUGAGUUCAGGAGAUGUAGCUUGAAUACAGCAAUUACUUGCUGA